UGUAGCAGGCUCAUUUCACACACAGACGUGCACAAUAUCAGGAACUAUUGGGAUAAAUACUGUCCUUGUCCUUCUCACCCAGGUGAUUGUAUAGUCCCUGUGAUGCAACCGUGGAGUGUAAAAUACACUGUAAUUAAACACACAGCAAGAACAAAGGAAUGAGAGGGAGGGGCAUACAUACACAAAACUGAAGCUUCCUGGUUUAUUCAGAACUCUAGACAGGUGCUGUAUGUCACCUGGGCAAGAGCUUUUAAUGACAAACCUACAGAAGAAAGGCUCACAUUCAUUUCAGGUUACAGGUGGGGAGGGCUGUGUAUUUCAGCUCAUUGUCAGUCUGGUAUUGGACACAAAAUGCCCUACAAGGAUCUAAUAAAAUGCUGGCAUGAAGGUGUUUUAGCUGCAGAGAAGAAAGACUUUGAUUUAGCCUUGAAGAUUUUCACAGGAAUAAAUGAUCUACCUUCAAAGCUUUGGUUCAACAUUGGCUGUAUUCACCUCCUGAAGGGGGAGCUACUUCAAGCACUAGCGGCCUAUGACGAAUCAGUUACCAAGGAUUCGCGUUUGGCUGUUGGGUAUUUCCAGAGAGGUUACGUCAAUUUCAAGCUUGAGAGGUAUGAAAAAGCGUUGAGUGACUGCCAUUUGGCGCUGGCAAAUCUGAGGAACAACAGUGUUAUAGACUAUAAACAGCUUGGACUGAGGUAUCAGCUGUACGCCUGGGAGGUGCUGUAUAACUCGGCAGCAAUCUUAUCUCACCUUGGACGAUGGGAAAGCGUAUCUAUAAAGCUUAAGGAAGCUCUAUUUUGGUUGCCAACUGAGACCAGAAAUGAGAAAAUAAUGACAGCUUUGGAUCUGGUAGAGAAACAGCAGGUACUGAUGCCGUGUCACAUACCUGAUGGAGAAAUGUUCAGGCCUCGAAAGCAGGAAGUAGAUCAAUUAAAGUCCCUGAACUUCCUAGGAAAACCAAAGGUAAUCACAUCUGUGGUUCCCAAUGAUGAUUACAGUGGAUUUGAGCCUCUUCGGCCACAGAAACCAGGAUUUUACGAGCCUUGUCCUGAAGCAGUGCUCGGUCGAGACGCAGGAUAUCAUCGGGUUUUGGCCCAUUAUUAUCCGGAAAAUUCAAAUGAAGUGGCGGUAAAGGCAAACAGUCUUCUGUUUGUCUUAAACAAAAAUGGUGACUGGGCAACCGCUAUUCAUGAUGGCAAAAAAUUACUCAUUCCAACAAACUUCCUAGAGCCAGCCAACCCUCCUAAAGCAGACAUGAAGAAACUGAAUAAUGGGCUUCCCCUGCCACCUAUGAAGGUGCCACCAGCCAGGCCGAACGCAAGGACAGCAGAAGAAGCGCUUGAUCCGCUACAGCAGGAAAUCCCGACACCAGGACAUAAAGAAUUGCUGCCACAUCCUACAGGAGAUUCACCAUUGCCAAUUAAGGUGAAACCCUUUACUUCCAGAGCAGAAGUCAUUGUGGAUAUCAGUGUCCCUCUGCAGAGCUCCUCAGCUGACCAGCAGGAGAGAAAAAAUGAACCCACAGAAGCAGAACCACUUGUUGAAGUGGGUGCGUCAACUGGAAAAGAAGAAGGAUCAGCAGAGCAAGUCAAGAGGAACCCUGCACUAAGUGAUGUAUCUCCAGCUUCUGAGAGCGAUGACAUAGUGUUACAAGUGCACACUGAGUUUACUGUAGCAAUGACUGUAAGGAAGAAUAUCACAUACCCAGAACUGCAGAACCUUCUGAGAACAAAACUAAAGCAGCAGGGCGAUCAGAUGGACAUCAAGCUAAGCUAUAAGAAUAUGGAUGGCAAAGGACUGAUUCCAGUGCAAGAUGACGUAGGAUUACAAGGGAUGUGGCAGCAAGCAAAGGAAAACCAUCUGAUGCUGUGCUGCAAGGGUGCCGAGCGCUGUAUUGGGAGACCCAUUCUAUAUCGUGUGGAGGCUGUCUAUGAUUAUUCUGCAGAAGGACGGGAAGACCUGACGUUUGUUCAGGGGAACACCAUUGAUAUAUUGUCAGAAGUGAACGACGAGUGGUUAGAGGGUCACUGCAACGGUAGCAUUGGAAUUUUCCCCAAGUGUUUUGUAUCUAAACUUACUGAUAACCAGAAAGAAGAAAGAACCUAGAGAUUGUCUGGACCUUCCAAAUGAUCCUGCAGGAUUCUUUAGCACCUUAUGAAAAUCAUUACUAUGCAGAAGUAUUGGCAGCAUAUGAAGUCCAUUCACACCACGCUUCCAAAUAGACAGUUCCAGCAGUGAGAUAUAUUGUUUUCUGGGACAUUUACUAAAUAAAGCUGAAUUAAAUGUAUCAAUUAAUUUAAUUGCUUACUUAAUUAGGGUUAGAUGACAAGUGGAGCGCUAUUGUUUGCGCACAACUGAUGUUUGCGCGCAAGAUACAUUCCGCCCAUACUACAUGUUGAAAGUAAAUGCAAACAAAAUUUACGCUAGUAUGAUUACUGAGACUUCAGAGCUCUGGUUAACUGUUACACGAGUCAAAAAGUGUCAAAAAACACAUCAAAAAUACAUUUAAAAGUACAGUUACACUCAUAAUAACACCAUCUGAUAAAAUGUAUUAGAAAAAAAUUGCAAUAAAAAGUUAUAAGGGCUUUUACAUAGAGAUACAUACAUACGCAUGUCUAAAUAUUUAUGUGUAUGUGUGUGUAUAUAUAUAUAUAUAUAUAUAUAUAUUAUAUAUGUGUGUGUGUGUGUGGUGUGUACAUAUGUAUUUAUGUAUUUACGUGUAUAUAUGUAUUUACAGACAUAUAUAAACACAUAAAUACAUAUGUACACACAUGUAUACAUACCUGUAUAUACAACUGCUUGUGCAAUGCCGCCCCCUGCAGAUUUGCGGCCAAUUGGCCGCUAGCAGGGGGUGUCAAUCAGCCCUAUUGUUUAGGAUCUGGCGGAUUGAUGUCCGCAUCCUCAGCAGGCAGACCAGUUAUGGAGCAGCGGUUUUAAGAAGGUUUGCACGGAAACAGGGGCAUCAAGCUCCAUUCGGAGCUUGAUAAUUCGGCCCCAUAGUAUGCAUUUCCAGUUCUGGGAAUUAGAAAAUCCACAAUUUUUUUCUCUAAAGUACAUGAAAAGAGGAGAAAAUAAAUAAUUUAAGUAUAUUGCAAAGAUGUUUUAUUAUGCAUAACUAAAUAUUAUGGGGCCGAUUUAUCAUCGGUCUGACGACAUGAUCCACUCAGCAGAUCAUGUCCGACAGACAUCGAUGAAUGCCAACAGCAUACGUUGAUAUAUUUAUCUUUGCACAAGCAAUAACGUUGAUGCAAUCACGUAAUUUCAAGGCCUGGAUUGGGUUAUGGGGGAAUGCCUACGUUGCUAGGCGUGCCCCUAGUACCAUAUAAGGUAGGACGUUCCAUGCUGUCCUAAUGGCGUUAAGGCCCAGCGCUGUUAGGACGGUAUGGAACAUCCUAACGGCGUUUAGAGGUUAAGAGAAGCACAUUUUGUUCCGCAUGUCUUAAUUAUAUACAUAAAUGUUAUAAUUGUAUAACUAGGAAAUUACUGUUUCAUUGUUUUCAACAAAAAUCCAUCAACAAAAGUAUUUAUGUUACUGAAUAAUUUAUGAGCCUACGGUUUGAUUUACUACAUUUUUAUACAAAAUAUCAUUCUAAAAGGAACACUGGCAAUAUUAUUUUCAGUCUCCUUAGCUUCACUAGUUCCUCCUAUGUUCCUUUGUGUACCUCAUUCACUAAAAAUAGAGGGAUUGCUAUGUUUGAAGAACAAAGUGGUGGUUAUGUUAUUUAAAGAAACAUGAAAGUUGGUAGCAUGGCACUAUGAUACAGUACAGUGCCAGCAUAUCAUUGUGAGACACUCUGGAUUUGUGUUUAAAAAAUAAUAAUAAUAAAAAAUUAUGCUUAAUUGC